UGCCACGGGAUGUUCCGCUGGUCACCUGCCUCUAGAAAGGAGUCUUUCGCGAGGGAGACAGACGCUCGCGGGCCCCGGUGGCUCGACCCUCGCGGACGGCGCGAGCGUGGUGGCGCGCGUGGUCCGCGGCUCAGCGUUUUCUUCUUUGACGCCGAGGGGAAGAGGAGGGGGGCUCCGCGGCGCGGCGCUCGACGCGGGUUUUAUGAAAAAAAGGAGAACCGCGGACGCACUGGCCAAGUGACAUCGGUUCAUGCAUGGCACCGCCAUGGAGGAAAUUCCGUUCGAGGAUGCCAAAGCCCGCAAAAAGCCGGGUCGCUGUCCGUUCGGAACCGGCGUUAAUUCGGUCGCCUGCGAGGACGAGUUCGACUGCAAGGAGCUGGAGUCGCUCUUCCAGAUUUACAACCUGAAACUGGAGCAGACGUCCACGCUGAAGGCGCUCGCGAUGCUGAUCGUGACAGCGGCAACUUUGGCCGUGCUGGAACUGGUGUCCGGCCCCAGUCUGACCGUGACCAAGGGCUCGCACCCGCUGCACUGCGUGAUAUUCGUGUCCCUUUUCAUAGUAACCAACGUCAAGUACCUGCAGGUGACCCAGCUGCAGCAGAUCGUCAGGCUCACCCUGCUGUUUUGCUUCACUUUCUCCCUGCUGUGCUGCCCCUUCGCUGUAGGGGGACAUGGAGCGCCUCGCGCCUUAUCCCCGGACCAGGGCAUGUGGCAGAUUAUGCUCGUGACAUUCGUCGCCUAUUCCCUGCUCCCCGUGAGGACCCUGCUGGCCAUACUCUUUGGGAUUAUGGUUGCCGUUUCCCAUUUAAUCGUGGCAGGGACGUCGGUCACAUCAGCCAAAAGACACAGACUGUUGAGGGCGUUGGGUGCAAAUGCCGUGCUCUUCGUCAGCGUCAAUCUUUCCGGAGCCUUUGUGAGGAUUCUCACAGAGAGAGCCCAAAGGAAAGCCUUCCUGCAGGCCCGCAGCUGCAUCGAGGAGCGGUUGAGGCUCGAAGAUGAAAAUGAGAAACAGGAACGCCUCCUGAUGAGUCUGCUUCCCAGAAACGUGGCUAUGGAGAUGAAGGAGGACUUUCUGAAGCCCCCGGAGAGGAUCUUUCACAAGAUCUACAUCCAGAGGCAUGACAACGUCAGCAUCCUCUUUGCGGACAUUGUGGGUUUCACAAGUCUUGCAUCCCAGUGCACAGCACAGGAGCUUGUCAAGUUGCUCAAUGAACUCUUUGGCAAGUUUGAUGAGCUGGCAACGGAGAACCACUGCAGACGAAUCAAGAUCCUAGGAGAUUGUUACUACUGCGUGUCUGGUCUGACCCAGCCCAAGACGGACCAUGCCCACUGCUGCGUAGAGAUGGGGCUAGACAUGAUUGACACUAUCACGUCGGUUGCCGAGGCGACCGAGGUAGACCUGAACAUGCGUGUGGGUCUGCACACAGGCAGGGUCCUCUGCGGGGUGCUGGGCCUGCGCAAGUGGCAGUAUGACGUUUGGUCCAACGAUGUGACCCUGGCCAAUGUAAUGGAGGCGGGGGGCUUACCGGGGAAGGUGCACAUCACCAGGGCCACCCUGGAGUGCCUUAACGGAGACUAUGAGGUGGAACCAGGCCACGGCCACCAGAGGCAUGUCUUCCUUCAGAAACACCACAUAGAGACUUUCUUCGUAGUGCCCUCACACCGACGAAAGAUAUUCCCCGGAUUAAUUUUGUCCGACAUCAAACCCGCCAAAAGGAUGAAGUUUAAGACAGUGUGCUACCUGCUGGUGCAGCUCAUGCAGUGCCGGAAGAUGUUCAAGGCAGAGAUCCCCUUCUCCAACGUCAUGACCUGCGUGGAUGACGACAAGAGGAGGGCGCUGCGCACAGCAUCCGAGAAAGUGAGAAGCCGCACGUCUUUCUCCGCCGGUGUGGCCCAGCAUUCUCCUGGCACGCGGGUCAACCGCUACAUUGGUCGCCUCAUCGAGGCACGCCAGACUGAGUCAGAGGUAGCCGAUCUGUGGCCCGUCACCUUGACAUACCGACGUCCCGAGCAGGAGAGGAAGUACCACCAGAUCCCCGACGAGCACUUCACUACUGCCGUCGUCCUGUCCCUGGUCCUCUCAACCUUGCUGGCCCUCGUCUACCUGCUGACUGUUCCACUGGGCACCGUUGUACUGGUCCUGCUGGUGUUCUGCUUGUGCUUCCAUCUCACUUCCAUUAUGUACCUGUAUGUCACUCGUGCACAGUGUCUCCCAGGCUGCUUGACCAUCAGGAUCCGAACAGCACUGUGCAUCUUCAUUGUGCUCUUGAGCUACGCUGUGGCUCAGGGCUGUGUGAUUGGCUGCUUGGCAUGGGAGUGGAGCGGCAACUCCAGCGCUUCCAAAAUCCCCGUCGAACCCCAGAGGGUGAACAGCACCGUUCCAGAGGUGCCGUGCAACAACCCCCCCUACACCUUGCUCUCCUGUAUGGCAGGCAUCCUCACCCUUGCACUCUUCCUCCGGGUCUCUUCAGUGCCAAAGAUGGUCCUGCUCUUCUUCCUCAGUGUCUCCUACAUUACAGUCCUCGAGCUCAGCUGCUUACAAGAGCCCCUGGGGGGACUGUUUUACAGCUGGACCCAUGAGCCCAUCCUGACCAUGUUGCUUUUCUCUGGCACUCUUGCCCUGCACUCGCGGCAGCUGGACCUUAAACUGCGCCUGGACUAUCUCUGGGCAGCACAGGCCGAGGAAGAGCGAGAUGAUAUGGAAAGAGUCAAGCUGGACAACAAGAGAAUUCUCUUCAACCUUCUGCCGGCGCAUGUUGCACAGCACUUCCUGAUGUCCAACCCCAGGAACAUGGAUCUGUACUACCAGUCCUAUGCCCAGGUGGGCGUUCUCUUCGCCUCCAUCCCUAACUUUAAUGACUUCUACAUCGAACUGGAUGGCAACAACAUGGGUGUGGAGUGCUUACGAUUACUUAACGAGAUUAUUGCAGAUUUCGAUGAGCUCAUGGACAAGGAAUGCUACAAGGACAUCGAGAAGAUCAAAACCAUUGGCAGCACAUACAUGGCCGCUGUGGGUUUGGUGCCUACCACAGGAUCUAAGAACAGAAAGUCCGUCUCGUCCCAUCUGAGCACGCUGGCUGACUUUGCCAUCGAAAUGUUCGACGUGCUGGAUGACAUCAACUACCAGUCGUACAAUGACUUUGUUUUGAGAGUGGGCAUCAAUGUGGGUCCCGUGGUGGCAGGUGUCAUUGGGGCCCGGAGGCCCCAGUACGACAUCUGGGGGAAUACGGUCAACGUUGCCAGCCGCAUGGACAGCACCGGGGUCCAGGGUAAAAUUCAGGUUACGGAGGAAGUGUACCGCAUGCUGAAGGGCACUUAUGAACUGGUGUGCCGUGGAAAAGUCAGCGUGAAGGGCAAAGGGGAGAUGCUGACGUAUUUCCUGGAGGGGAAGUGUCCUGACUCCGGCUCGGGCUCCGGUUCCAUGUCCCGGCCGCUCUCCAGGGGACUGGAGAGAAGGGCACAUCCUUCCAGCAGGGCCAACGUCCGCACCAAGCUGGGGGCCGACUUCCUUUCGGUCGGGCCUACCUCCGCUCCAGCCAGCACGUUCCCACAACCCAUGAGCACAUCAAUGGUUGAGCCGUGAGAUGG